GCCCCUUUCAAUAGCGAGUAAAUAUUUCUUUUCUUCUAAAGUUAACAUUUUUGAGAGAUUAUUAAAAAGAGCUAUUAUAGUGGGUUUAGCUUUAUCAGCUUCAACAUCGUCCUAAUAAUAAAUAAUAUUUAACAAUAUAAUAAAAAUAAUACCAAUUAUUAAAAGUUACAUCUUUGUUUGUCAUGGCACUAAAAAUAUUGGUUUAAAUGUUCACCAUAGCCGAAAUAUCUUUGUGUAAAAAAUUUGAAAUAUUGUACAUUUUUUUUUCAGAUUUAAUCAGUUUAAGUUAUUAGAGCAAAUUGGAUUAACCUGAUGUCCUACAAAACAUGGAACAAGGUCAGAACUUUUUUCUGCGGACAAAAAUAAAUAAAAAUAUUUAAUUGGUGGUUGUUUUCUCAAGAAAAUGGUACCUACUCACAUUGUACAAUUGUCCCAAAAUGCCUAUUCCUAUCUUUUUAAUUUCAUUUACAGAACAACUUAAAGUUUUAUAUAAGCCCUUCGUUACUAAAAACCACGCAAAAACUAGUUGCUCAUUCCAAUAUCCACUCAAUUUUCCAUUGAAAUUUCCCAAGGGAAAACAAAUAAUAAUGUGACCUUACCUCAAAUAUCAUUUUCAUGCAUUUUAAUCAAAUUAAAAUUAAAUCGAUCGAACUUGAGGGAUUUCCUUCUAUUGACUUUGAGUUUACUUUACUACAAUUACUAGUGUCCUGUAAUGUAGCAACUUAAAUUGUUAAGCAUGAAAGUUACCGAGUCAAAAGAAAAUUUGAUUGAAAAGCUCGAUGACGAGCUGGACCCAGCUUCAUUGCUCAAUGAUCCUAUCGAGAGACCUUUAUCGCAGAUUGAGAAAACUUUUUUGUUGCACGCCGAAAGAGGAGAUCUUGCUACUGUAAAACGAAUUAUCGAUGAAUAUAAAUCGCAGCCGGAAGAGUUUGACAUAAACUGUGUGGACCCUUUAAACCGUUCGGCAAUUAUUGCUGCAAUAGAAAAUGAAAACAUUGAAUUAAUCAAGUUAUUACUUAAUGAAGGAAUUAAAGUAAAGGAUGGUUUGUUGCAUGCAAUCAAAGAAGAGUACGUCGAAGCUGUUGAAGUACUUCUAAACUGGGAAGAAGAGCAUCACCAGUCUGAUGUUCCUUGGAGCUGGGAAGAAGUUGAUAGAUCGGGAGCAUCAUUCACUUCCGAUAUUACUCCACUCAUUUUGGCAGCUCACAAAAAUAAUUACGAAAUCAUUAAACUUUUGCUGGAUCGUGGAGCUACUUUACCUAUGCCUCAUGAUGUUCGAUGUGGAUGUGACGAAUGCGUAAAUUCUAGUAAAACGGACUCGCUGAGGCAUUCCCAAAGCCGUAUCAAUGCUUAUAGAGCCUUAUCGUCUCCCUCAUUAAUUUGUUUAUCUUCUAGCGAUCCUUUGCUUACUGCUUUUGAACUUUCUUGGGAUUUGAGACGAUUGAGCCGAAUGGAGACUGAAUUUAGAGCCGAUUACAAUGAAAUGCGAAACCAAGUCCAACAAUUUGCCACGUCCCUUUUGGACCAUGCCAGAACGUCCUACGAACUAGAAAUAAUGCUCAACUACGAUCCAGACGGUGAAGUAUGGGUUACUGGCGAACGACAAACUUUGGAAAGAUUAAAAUUGGCAAUAAAAUAUAAACAAAAACAUUUUAUCGCUCAUCCAAACGUCCAGCAACUUUUGGCAGCUAUUUGGUACGAAGGCCUUCCAGGUUUUAGAAGAAAAAAUAUGAUUGGGCAAGGUAUCCAGGUGGCUAAACUAGGAGCUAUGUUUCCUGUUUAUUGUACUGUGUACAUGAUAGCUCCUAACUCCACUAUGGGAGUUUUUAUGAAGAAACCUUUUGUUAAAUUUAUUGUGCAUUCAGCUUCAUAUGGACUGUUUUUGAUGCUACUCGGUGCCGCUUCUCAAAGAAUAGAAAUUUUACUUUUGGAAUUGAUAGGGAACGAUUGGGUACAAGAUUUGGUAAAAGAAUGGAAAAGAAAAGAACGAGGAGCACUGUUUGGUUUAGCAGAAUGUGGCGUUAUAAUUUAUGUAAUAAGUUUAAUAUGGGCAGAAUUAUGUUCUUUAUGGUCUGACGGAAUAAUGGAAUACAUUUCCGAUUUGUGGAACAUUGUAGAUUUCAUCACUAACGUAUUUUACGUCAUUUGGUUGUUUCUACGUUUGACUUCAUGUUUUGUUUGUUGGAGAGAUGAACAAAUUGGAAAGGCAACAUGGUACCCUAGAGAGGAAUGGGAUUCAUUUGAACCAAUGCUCCUUUCAGAAGGUGCUUUCGCUGCCGGAAUGAUUUUCAGUUUCUUAAAAUUGGUUCACAUAUUCAGUGUGAAUCCACAUCUCGGUCCACUCCAAAUAUCCUUGGGACGAAUGAUUAUUGACAUUGUGAAAUUCUUUUUUAUUUAUACUUUGGUGCUUUUUGCUUUUGGAUGCGGUUUAAAUCAAUUGCUAUGGUACUAUGCAGAAUUGGAAAAAAAUAAAUGCUAUCAUUUACCCAGUGGCUUACCAGAUUAUGAUAAUAAUGACAAGGCUUGUACUAUAUGGAGAAGAUAUGCUAACUUAUUUGAAACUUCCCAGUCACUAUUUUGGGCCAGUUUUGGUUUGGUAGAUCUAAUGACUUUUGAAUUAUCCGGUAUAAAAGGUUUUACAAGAUUUUGGGCACUACUUAUGUUUGGUUCUUAUUCUGUAAUUAACGUAAUUGUUUUGCUAAACAUGCUGAUUGCUAUGAUGUCUAAUUCUUAUCAAAUAAUUUCGGAAAGAUCCGACACAGAAUGGAAAUUUGCUAGAAGUCGUCUCUGGAUAAGCUACUUUGAAGACACAGACGAUUUACCACCACCAUUUAAUAUUAUACCACAACCAAACAGUUUUAUGAAAAUGAUGGGUUGCGUUAAAUCUACUAAAAGUACUGCUAGUUUCAAGAAUAAAUCCAGAGAUAUGGCAAGAGAAAAACAUGAAGUCAUCAUGAAACUACUAGUGCGAAGAUAUGUGACCUCGGAACAAAGAAAAAGAGAUGAUUUUGGCAUUACAGAGGAUGAUGUUAUGGAAAUACGACAAGAUAUUUCGACUUUACGUUAUGAACUGAUUGAUAUUUUACGGAAAAAUGGCAUGCAAACACCGAGCAUCUCCUUGGAGGAUACCCAGAUUUCUGGUAAAAAAGGCAAAGUAAUGGAGCGACGCCUUCUAAAAGAUUUCCAUAUUGGAAUAGUCGAAGGCCUAGUAAAUGAAAUGCAACAAAACCCCAUUGAACCUAAAAACGUAUUUGGCCAAAUUGCCAAAGUUAUAGGAAGAAGGACAACUAAAAGCAAAAAGAAAGACUGGAACGAAUUGGUAAGAAAAAAUACUCUUCCUAGCAAUCCUAUUGGUUCAGCUCAGGAAGCUGAAGAAUCCAGAUUUAAAAGGCAAAGCUUGAGAAAACAUAUUAUUUCAAAUGUUGAUCAACCGGUAAGGAUUGAGGACGAAAAACUUAUAGAGUAUAAUCCUAAGCUUGUGGAAGUUCCAAGAGGCGCCAGAGUGGCAUACGCUAAAUUUAUGUCCAGAAAAAUUGAGGACGACUAUAAAAAAACCGAAUCGGAAGCUUCGCCCCUUAAACCGCAACGAGAAUCCAAAAAGCAAAGUGUUAAGUUUAGAGGCUCUACUGCUCAUGAUGCAUCUAAAGGAAGCAAUGCGGUGAAACAAGAAACAACUGAUGGUUCUCAAGGUCUUAAUACAGUAAAAGAAACAGGACUUUCUCCAGCCGCCUCUCACAGUCAACCUUCAAAGAAAGAUUCUUUGAAAUCAAAACAAGCUCCUCCGAUACCAAAAGAAUCUCAAACAAAACUACUGAAGACAACCUUGAGCCCAGGGGGUAUCGAUAGUGCCAAACGAGAGUCCAUGCAAAAGGCACUGCUAGAUAAGAAAAAAGUUGAAGCUGCCUUAUCAGAACCAUCAACUCCUUCAAAAUCAGAAACGAAAAUUGUAUCAGAGGCUAAAACUACUUCAACUCCAGCAGCCAAAAAACCCUCAGAUACCAAAACUCCAGCACCCUCAGAAACUUUGAAGGCAAAAGAAUCAGUGGAAAAACCUCCAAGAGUGGCUCCAAAGCCAAAAACUGAUAGUGUCAAAAUUACGAUUGAUGAGAGUCGUCCUGAGCCUUCAAUGCGGUCUAAAUUGACUGGACAAAAACGUACUGGCUGGAUUUAAGCAAUAUGUAUAUGGAAACAGAGUUUUAUUGUUAUGUAUAAUAGCUAUAGUAUAUAUUAUACACUAUUAUUAUUAUUAGUAUUGUUGUUUCAAAAAUAAACCACUUUUAACGCGCUUAAAGUUGUUUUAUCUUUGAUUUAUUUUGAUUCAGACUUUUUCAAUAACUUAAUAGAGAUAAAAAAGGUAUUAAGCGUGAUACCUUGGAAAAUUAUAGUGUAGAUACUUAGGUAGUUGAAUAAAAAAUUGCGGUCAGGUUGCAAUAAGGUAACUUCUCGAAAAUGCCACACGAGGGGUAAACUAGCUUGGAAAAUAAUAUUUUCACCAGAAUUCCACUAAAUCCUACUGGAAUUCCAAUUCCUGAAAAUUAGUAAGAUUUUGAAUUAAAUAUUAGUUUUACAAUUUUUUUUUUGGUCAUCAAGUUGGAAAAAACCCCAUAAUUUUGUUUCUGAGUCUCCAAUUAACUUCAAAUUUGCUUUAUUUAAUGAAAAUAUUCUAAUUAAUAUAUCCUAAAAGUUUCAAGCCGAUCCAAUACUCUGAAGUAUUUUUCAGGCUUUUUCAAAGGUGAUUUAGAAUGAAUUUUACAAUUUUUUCUGAUAAUAAGUUGGAAAAAACCUCAUUAUUUUAUUUCUGAGCUUCAGAUCGGUUUCAGAUUUGCUCUGUUUAAUGAAAAGAUCCUAGGUAAUGAAUCCUGAGGAUCUCAAGUCGAUCUGAUUCCUCAAAGUAUUUUCCAGGAUUUUUCAAAGAUGAUAUAACAUGAAAUUGGCGAGGAAAUUGAUAUCAAGUUGGGAAAAAAAAAUUAUAAUUUUAGUUCUGAGCCUGAAAUCAACUUCAAAUUUGCCUUGUUUGAUGAAAACAUUCUGGUUAAUGAAUCCUGAAAGUUUCAAGUCAAUCUGAUACUCAGAAGUAUUUAUCAGGAUUUUUUAAAGGUGAUUUAACAUGAAUUUUCCAACUUUUCCUGGUAUUAAAUUGAAAAAAACCUCAUAGUUUUAUUCCUGAGCUCAAGAUUGACUUCAAAUUUACCUUGUUUGAUAAAAACAUUCUGGUUAAUGAAUCUUGAAAGUUUCAAUUCGAUCUGAUACUCGAAAGUAUUUUUCAGGAUUUUUCAAAAGUGAUUUGACGUCAAUUUUCCAACUUUUUCUAGUAUUAACUUGGAAAAAACCUCAUAAUUUUAUUUCUCAGCUUCAGAUUUACUUCAAAUUUGCAUUGUUCAAUGAAAACAUCCUGAUUAAUAAAUCCUGAAAGUUUGAAAUCGACCUGAUACCCUGAAGUAUUUUUCAGGUUCGCAAUUCACUCAUUGAUAAUAAAAAUUCUGACCUGAAAAUCAAUUAAAUUUUCAACUGAUGAGUAAUCUAAAGUUCUACUCAUUUUUGAACCUCUCGUCAUUCUGAUAUAAAAAUUAAAAGUUUUCAACUAUGAAAUCCCACAUUAUGGUAUUCAUUCAAACCUCAAACCAUGAAAUACUUGCACAUUUCUGGAAUAUAUUUUUUAAUGGGAAAAUUUUGAAACUUCCGAAGUAGAAAGAGGAAAGAACGGAGCUCAUCACUGAAAUUUCAAAUUAAUUCAAUCGAAAUCAUUUGUGAAAAGUUACCUUGUCUCAACCAUUACCCAAAAAUUUUAAUUUCUUAAACAUUUAAUACUACAAAAAAUAAAACAAUUAUAAAUCCCUAUCUAGACUUCAUUUUUUGCCAGUUACCAAACUUCUGAUAGGCCACAUUCAAAAGUUGAUUUAAAUGUUUCGUUAAAUGUUGAGACAGCGGAGUGAGCUCUCUUA